UUUUGAUAUAUUAUUACUACAAAUAUUAAUUGACUUUGUUUUAUCAAUUAGCAUUACACUUACCUUUAUACAUACAUGAUGCAUCGAGCCAUCUACAACUAUGUUGAGAAGAAUUUUAACUGUGAAGAUAUUGGUAUAAACUUUCUUGUUGCUCAUGUGAUAAGGAAACCUCUAUUCAAAGUGACAAAGAAACGAGGUUUUCCUUGCAAAUAUUGUGGGAGGAAAAGCAUUUCCACAAGCGAAGGCCAUAAGUUCAAAAGAAAAUAUUGUUUGAAUUUUUUCACAAAAGUCUAUGGUUACACACCAUUGAUAUUUACACAGUUUACAAUAGACAAUUAACCAUAAAAGCAUAGUUAUAACUCAAAGUUCUUAAAUGAUAUAUGAGCUAUGGUGUGUAGCUAAGAAGAAAGGUGCCACUCUAAAAGAAUUAAUUAUGUUAAUUACCUUGCAUAUGUAAGCGAAAGCAGUGUAUUGUAAUCACUCGUCUUCCUUUGUCUGUGUGUUUGCCAAAUUACUGGAAAUCGGCUGAAUGGAUUUUCACCACAUUUAGCAGAAAUACUCAUUGGGUGAGUGGCUCAAAAUGAUGAACAUUUGGUUUGAUUCAAAAUUUUUU